AUGCGCCCUGCGGUUGACAGCAGCACCCCCAACCCCCCUCGAACCAUCCUCACCUACCAACAUGACUCCACCCUAACCACGCACCAAACAACCCUCACCUCCAUCACGCCCUUCCCCGCCCUCUCCCCGGCCAACCAGCUCUUGUUCAAACAAGGCACCCCCACAGACUACAUCCUGACCACAACCUCAACGAUCUUCCACCCCCAAGGCGGCGGCCAGCCCUCCGACACGGGCACCAUGACCUUUCCAUCGGGAACAACCUUCACGGUGACGUCCGCGCGGAUGGACGCCGAAACAAACACCCGCGUCCUACAUCUGGGCACCUUCCCCGCCGACUCCUCCUCCAUCGCCCCCACCAACGGAGACCCAAUCACGCAGGCAAUCGACCCCGACCAACGCCUGCUCUUCUCCCGACUCCACACAGCCGGCCACGUCCUCGGCUCCGCAGUGCGACACCUCGUCGGCACCCAAAUCGCCAACUUCGACGAGCUCAAAGCGUCGCAUUUCCCCGACUCCGCGUCCUGUGAAUUCCAGGGCCUGAUCGGGGGGGAAUGGAAGGAGGGGAUCCAGGGGAAGGUGGACGAGUUGGUGGCGGCGGACUUGCCCGUGCGGGUGGAGUGGUGGGACGAGGGCGAUUUCCGGGACCGAGGGCUGGCGAGGUUGAUUCCGGGCAGCGGGGUGGGCGGGGGGUUGGCGCCGGGGGAGAAGUGGAGGGUCGUCAAUAUUGUGGGCGCGGAGGUGUAUCCGUGUGGGGGGACGCAUGUGGAGAGUACGAGCGGGUGUGGGAGGGUGGGGGUCAAGAAGGUUUCCAGGGCCAAGGGGAGGUCGAAGGUUAGUUAUGGGGUUGAGUAG